AUGGACAUCUCACAGCACGGGCGAAGCGCCUCGUUUCUCCAACAUGCCGUGACAACAGCCGUCCAACGUCCAUUUCAAACACUGUUCGCCGCCUUCUUCGUCAUCUGCGUCGUCACGCGCAUCGUCUCGGGCCUGCAGUACCGCUCCACGGUUUCAAAACAGGCUCAAGCAGCUGGAGGGUCGACGGGUCCUCGAACCGUGCCAAUUCUCCCAUACUGGAUUCCAUGGAUCGGCCACGCGUUCUCGUUCGUCGCGGGCGGGACGGAUUUUCUCACCCGAGCAGCGCGUUCAUUGGGACCCAAUGCGUCGAUCUAUGCGCUGAAGAUGGCCAACUCCAAACACAACGUCGUCACGGUCCCUAGUCUGGCCAAACAGAUCUUGAUCGACAGGACCAGCCCCAUUACAAUGAACGAUUUCAUUUACCACACCAUGAAGAAUUUUUGGGACGACCGAGGUGCUAUCAAAGCCAUUGAUCCUGAUCACCUGUGGGGCAAUAUUCAUGGCGUUUUGUCAGGCAUGUUGCGCGAAAGUUUCGUCACUGCAGCCAUCAGUGGCACCGUCAAUAUGGUCGCGGAGAGGACGUGGAACCUGGUCUCUGGGGCACAAAGCCCCGUUGACCAAAGUAUCUGGGAGCGUCAGGGCGGCGUCGAAGUCAUCUCAAGGGGCGAUGGAGACAAGGCGCUGGUUGCCGAGGCCAGUCUAUUUCCUCUAAUCCGGUAUUUCGUAGGCGAUAUCGCCACCACGGUUCUCUUCGGACAGAAUUUCAUGGAAAACAACCCGAACAUCAUGCCCGACUUGUGGGAAAUGGACUCACAAUUCAAUCUCUUUAUGGCGGGCGCGCCCUCCUGGCUGCCCGGGAUGGGCGGCCCGACGCAAGCAAGGGAACGCAUUAUUCAGGCUGUUCAGGAACACCAUGAGGCGCUCUUCAAGUACCUCGACGGUCAAGAUGCCGGAAGUCGAUGGAGCGAUAUGUCUGAUGUCUCCUCCGUCAUUGUCGAUCGAGCAAAGGCGUUUCGCGCCGGUGGCUCCGUGCCGCGAGGCUAUGCCACAGGCAACGCCGCCAUUUUAUGGGCAAUGAACAUCAACGCGAACCCGGUGAUUUUUUGGAUGACGUGGUACGUCUUUUCGAAUCCGUCUUUGCUGCACGAGAUCCGGGCCGAGAUCGCCCCCUACGUGCGUUUCCGCCAGCCGCCCGCCACGGGUCUCCCGGUCAAGGAGGCCCCCAAAUUGGACAUUGACAUCGCCGCCCUGUGGACCAAAUGCCCGCUUCUCAAGGGCGCCUUUUUUGAAACCAUGCGCCUCGAAGCCGCGAGCAUGUCGUACAAAAUGGUCGAGGACGACUUUGUGGUGUUUGAGAACGAAGAGGACGCGAGGCUGCUGGGCAAGAAGGAACCACAGAGCUGGUUGCUGAGAAAGGGCGAGUACAUCUGCCUCCCGCACGGCGUGCACCAGAGCGACGACAAGUAUUUCCGCGAUCCCCAAAGGUUUGACCCGCGACGGUUUUGGGCCAAGGACAGCAGUCACGCGGGCAAAGGCGAGAAUGGCCAACCCAAUGAUGACGGCGCGAAUGGGAACGCAGACAUUCGGGUUGAAUACGGCACGAUGAAAGUCUGGGGCGGUGGCAAACAGAUGUGCAAGGGCAAAACCUUUGCGGAAAGAGAAGUGGUCCUCUUCACCGCCGCCUUGGUCAUGCAAUGGGAUAUCGUCCCUGUCAGUGACGGUGGGAAGUGGGUUCAUCCGGGCCGCAAGAUUGGUGCCGGGGCGGUUAAUCCGAAGAGGGACGUCAGGGUACGAUUGAUUAGAAGGGAAGGAUGGUGA